AUGGAGGAGAAGGAGGAUGUAAGUUUUGUGGAUCAAAGAUUUCUUAGUUCGAGACCUCUCGACGAUGCGAAUGUCCUGGAGUACUUUUCGGGCUCUCCUUUCUAUGAUAAGUCUUGCAAUAACGAAAUACUCAAGAUGCAGACCCAGUUCCGAGGAUUGGACCAGAAAUCUAAGCUAUCCUCGAUGAUAGGAGUAUUCUACGAAGCAGAAAGUAGCAACAAUGAAAAAACACUGUUUGUGAUCAGGAAAGCAUACAACCACGGAGACACCACAGAGACAUUAGGGAUGUACUACAUAAUCCAUGGGCACAUCUAUGCCGCACCCACAAACUACUCGAUUUACAGGUGUAGGAUGAGUGACUCGAUGUGGCUGUUGAACUCGUUUAUCGACAAGAUGAUGGAAAAGAGGAGAUUCAAUCCAUUCAAUCCAUCUCGAGGGAAACACCUUAGAAAAAACCUGGAGGAGGGCAAGGACCUAAGCUUCAUGAUGGAGAUUUUCAAUGACUUCAAAAAAGAGCAGAUAGAGCCAUGA